AUGCUUAAAAGUAAAUGUAUCUUUUUGAACUCUUUUACGAAGAGUGAUAAAUUGAAGCACACAUUUGAACGGUUAAACCUAAUGAUGGAAAAAAGAAAUAUGAAUAAUUUGUUAUAUAACAAAGCAGUUGAAUGUCACAUAUAUAUAAGAAGAGAUAGAGAUACGAAGGAAACAAAUAAAAAGUUAAACAAUAUGUAUAAUAAAUAUUCAUGUAAAUGUAAUAUAACAAAUAAAUGUAGUAAUAAGAAUAAAGUAUAUAAUAUAUAUAAAAGACAAAAUAAUUUGGUUGAUAAUAAAGAUAAGUUCUUUUGUAUAUUUCGUCAGAAUUUUGCUAUUGGAAUAUUUGAGAGAAAAAAGCCUCAUAUGAAUAUAGGUACUAUAGGUCAUGUGGACCAUGGGAAAACUACGUUAACAGCUGCUAUAACAAAAGUAUGUUCAGAUUUAAAUAGAGGUGUUUUUAAAUCUUAUGAAGAAAUAGAUAAAACUCCUGAAGAACAAAAAAGAGGAAUCACAAUUAACGCUACGCAUGUAGAAUAUGAAACAGAAAAACGACAUUAUAGUCAUAUUGAUUGUCCUGGACAUUUAGAUUAUAUAAAGAAUAUGAUAACAGGUACUUCGCAAAUGGAUGGAUCUAUUCUUGUGGUGUCAGCAUACGAUGGUUUAAUGCCACAAACAAAGGAACAUGUUUUAUUAUCUAGACAAAUAGGUAUUGAAAAAAUGAUUGUUUAUUUAAAUAAAAUAGAUAUGUGUGAAGAUCAAGAAUUAGUAGAUUUAGUUGAAUUAGAAAUUCGUGAAUUAUUAUCUUUUCAUAAAUACGAUGGUGAUAAUAUUCCAUUUAUAAAAGGAUCUGCUUUAAAAGCAUUAAAUGGAGAUCAAUCAGAGUAUGGUGUUCCUUCUAUUCUUAAAUUAUUAGAUGCAUGUGAUAAUUAUAUUGAGGAACCAAAAAGAAAAACUGAUCUACCUUUUCUAAUGAGUAUAGACGAUGUAUUACAAAUAUCAGGAAAAGGAACCGUUGCAACCGGUAAAGUGGAACAAGGCACACUAAAAUUAAACGAUCAAGUAGAAAUAUUAGGCAUCAAAGAAAAAUCUAUAAAAACAGUUAUUACGGGUAUAGAAAUGUUCAGGAAAAUUUUAGAUACGGCUCAAGCUGGAGAUCAAAUUGGUAUCAUGUUAAAAAAUGUAAAAAGAAAUGAUAUUACUAGAGGUAUGGUUGUUACAAAAGCACCGAAUAUUAAAACAUUCAAAAAAUUUGAAAGUGAUAUAUAUGUAUUAAAAAAUGAAGAAGGAGGAAGAAAAAACCCUUUCUCUUCAUAUUAUAGACCACAAGCAUAUAUAAGAACAGCUGAUGUUAAUUGUGCUGUUAUCCUUAAUGAAGAUACACAAGUUGCCAACCCUGGAGAUAAUGUUAAAUGUGUUAUUGAAUUAAUGUAUCCAUUAGCAUUAACAUAUGGAUUGAGGUUUUCUUUACGAGAAGGAGGGAAAACUGUAGCAUCCGGUGUUAUCACAAAGUUGUUAUGA